AUGGUGGAGGAGUGCAACCGCCUACGACUCACGAAAGAAGAAGAUCGGCUUCCGGUACUGUCAGGUCUGGCAAAGUCGAACCAGUCCGUGUAUCUCGCGGGUAUCUGGCUUCAACAUUUCCCACACUGCUUGUAUUGGGCGCCUGAUCCAUAUUACACGAGCCACCGAGCCCCGAUUGACUUAGAUGAAGACUUCAAUCGAUCACUUCGCCAAGAAGGCGCUCUUAAUUCAGCGGAGGCGUUGAAUGCGAGAUGCGAAGUACAAGGUGUGAAUCCUCAUGGCCGUGUAAAAAGCGGAUUCUUGGUCAUCAACGGAUGGACAGGUACCGCUGCUGUCAGCAAGAUCCAUCGCCGCCGUAUGGACGCCAGCGGAAUGUCUGGGUUCUCCCAGCUUUCAGGUAUUGAACUCCAAGAAGAUUCCGUCGGACCAUAUCGGGCAUCAGUUCUAGUGUUGAAGGCCAGUGCGACGGUUCCUGGCUCGUAUGAGCGCGUCGGUCUGAUCUUUCCAGCAACUCAGGUGCGGUACAUCAGCAAUGAUGAUGACAAUUAUGAUAUUCUAGUCGGAGAUAUCUUCAAAUCGGCACCGAAUUGGUUUGAUGAGGAAAAGACGGUCCGAAUCAUAUAGAGCAUAUCGCAGAAGGUAGCACCAUUACCCUUACGGUUAUUUAUCUAGACUCGUGAUUAGAUAUUUAUGUAAAAGGCCGGACAGUGAUGACUUUAGAGCUUUGUCUCUGCAGCGAUAGUGUGAUUUUUAUUGAGACCAGUAGAGCAAUGCUUUACUUCUAGAGCUAAGGCUACGUAGUCUCUUUGAUAAACCAGAAUCAGAGCCAUCUUAUGUACGUACUAUUGAGUUCAUAAGGCAAGAACCGUCGAAAAUAAUGCACGC